GUGAAGUGAAACACAACGUAAUGAAUCUGCUCAAUAUUUUUAUUACUGCCCACGUCCUCACAGCCCUGGUCCUAGCGGCGCCCCCCAACGCGGUUAAUCUCAACCAGGACACCCCCUAUAUUAAGGAGCUGCUGCGACAGGCCAAAACUGCAGAGAUCGAGAGUUUCAUGGACCAAAAUAUUGAUCCAUGUAGCGAUUUCUAUUCCUUUGCCUGCGGCAACUACGAUCGCAUUAACUCAGCAUCUAACUUGGGGGUUAUCUCUACGGGAUUAUUAGAAACAAUCGCUAAAGGGUCUGUUCGGAAGAUUUUAAAGAUGCUCAACACGGCCCAUGAUGACUAUGAUACUCCGGAGGAUAUUCAGGUGAAACACUUCUACGAGUCCUGCCUAAGGAUCAAGGAGCUCAACUCCACGUACAGUGAAAAGCUCAAACGACUUAUUGCUGAAUUCGGAACCAUGCCAGUACUCGAAGGCUCUUCAUGGCAGGAGUCCGAUUUUGACUGGCUCGGUACUAUCGCACGCAUAUUCCAUCAAUAUGGAAUGAGAAUCCUUUUCGGUACCGAAGUGACGGUUAACCUUGCAAAUAACACGGAAAACGCGAUAUACAUAACACAGCAGGUCUUCCCCCUUGAAUACCGGUCCAUGUACAUAGACAAUGAGACGCUCACCUAUCGUCAGAAAUACCAAUAUAAAAUUCAGAGCAUCCUCCAGUCAUUUUUAGGCGUACAGGCGGAGUUGGCAAGGCAGACGGCUAAGGAACUAAUGGACUUAGAGGUGGAUCUGGCCCAAGGACUAGUGGACGAGAACGACGGACUAGAACUGGGGGAGUUGGCGAAGCAACUGACAGUGGCAGAUCUUCAAGAGAGCUAUUCCCCCACAUUGGACAUCGAUCGAUUGUUAUUUUUGAGUAUCGGAGAGCGGGUUUCUGGUCAGAUCUACGAAUACAAUAAACAGUAUCAGGAAAAUCUCGUUGAAGUCAUCAAGCGUACGCCCAAGCGUACUUUAGCCAACUAUAUAUUUUUCCGCCUAAUUAGGGCAUUUGUUAAAACACCUUCCGACAACCCAAAAAAACAGAAAAAUGACUGCAUUGAUCUUACCAAGAAGUUCUUCCCCAAGAAUAUUGACAACAUGUUCUACCGUCGCUACAACAACGAUAAAUCCUCCAGAGAAAUCGAUAACAUGUGGCGUCUGCUAAAGACUACUUUUAACGAGUCUCUGCAGUCCAGUUCGGCACUGGACUGGAUCGAGCGUCCCACUCGUGAUCUGGCCAUUGCAAAGCUGGAGGCCAUGAAAUUGGAAAUCAAUAAGUACGACAGUAACAACUUUACCGAAGAGUUUGCAAAUCUUAAUCUGCAAGGUCCAGAUUACGUGGAGAACGUUAGGCAGAUAAUGUUGCUACGUACACGGCAAAUGCGGGAGAUGCUUCACAAGCCGGCCAAAAAAGUGGAGAUUUCCGAAGAUAUUAGUUUCUCGCCCUGCUAUAUCGGGCUACUGAACACUAUCCAGAUGCCAGUUGCCCUGCUAAUGCCCUUUUAUAUUUGGUCUGAUGUCUACCCCAACGCGCUGGUGUUCGGAUCCUUGGCCUCAAUGAUCGGACACGAGUUAAUCCACGGGUUCGACGAUAGUGGGCGAGGGUACGAUGCCAAAGGAAAUUUAAAGGAUUGGUGGGACGAAAAGUCAAUCAGCAACUUUGCAAAAGGCCAAAAAUGUUUUACGAGACAGUAUGGCAAGUAUGUGUACGAUGGGAUCCAGCUGAAGGAGUCCACUUCGCAGUCGGAGAACAUUGCGGAUAAUGGCGGUAUGCGGUUGGCAUACACCGCUUACCGGAAGUGGUAUGACAACCAAUUGGCGUUGCCAGUUGGCAGCCAGGCUCUUGCCAAGGAGACUCUGUCAAAUCUGCCAUACACCGCCAAACAGCUUUUCUUUAUAAGCUUUGCCCAGACCUGGUGCAACGACGUGGAUCCAAAGGAAAAGGCUCGCCUGGUCUCGACAGACACACAUACGCCCGAUAAGCUCCGUGUUAUUGGAACAUUAUCGAAUGACUAUGAAUUUGCAAAGGAGUUUAACUGCCCAUUCGGAUCCACGAUGAAUCCCAGGGAGAAGUGCAUACUUUACUAAAUGGUCGAGGUUUCAGAUCUGAAAUGCAUUUGAUGUAUGGUUGUGAGGUUUUCCAUCUCAUAGUAGGCAAAGUUAGUAAUAAUUAAAUCUGAAUAUAAUUACCUAUGUCCUU